ACUGGGGGAACUAGGGGUUUCUCUAGGACUUGCAGCCUGCUCUGUGGUCUUCCAGGAUGUUUGGCUUGCAGGUGGACUGUGGCUUGUUGCUAGAGCCCCUGGGCUUCAUCAAGGUCCUCGAGUGGAUUUUUUCCAUCUUUGUUUUUUCAACAUGUGGAAGCUUUCAUGGUGAGACUACCCUUCUAGUUUCCUGCAGGGGUGUGGUGAACAAAACAGUUACAGCUGUGUUUGCUUAUCCAUUCAGGUUGAAUACUGUUCAGUUUAGUGCACCAGAUUCUAGUCGCUGUGGUGGUACUUGGACUGACAUCUAUCUUGUGGGCAACUUCUCCUCUUCUGCACAGUUCUUUGUUACGCUUGCAGCAUUGGCUUUCCUCUACUGCAUUGCUGCCCUGGUAGUAUAUAUUGGAUAUAAACACGUGUAUCAGCACAACAGCAAGUUUCCACUAACUGACUUAGCUGUAACUAUUGUAACAACCUUUCUGUGGCUGGUCAGUACUUCUGCUUGGGCAAAGGCACUUGCUGAUAUCAAAAUAUCAACAGGGGCUGGCAUUAUUCCACUAAUUGACUCUUGCAGAGCUCCAGAAACAACUUGUCAUUUUGGCUCUGUGACCAGCAUGAGAUCUCUGAAUGUGUCUGUGGUAUUUGGUUUACUUAAUAUGGUUUUGUGGGGAGGAAAUAUCUGGUUUGUGUACAAGGACACCAACUUGCACAGCCAAUUAAUCAGAGGUUCUCAAGUUCCAGGGACAUAUUCAGCUCAAAGAAUAUAAGAACAAGAUUAUACUUUGAAGUGCUUCUACUUUCACAUCAGACUGCCAAGAACAUGGAGCCAAUAGGAUUUAUUUCAGUAAUAACUGAUGGUACAGACUUCUGUUCAUAUGAAGUGUUACCUUGAUGUAGUCUUCAAUAUUUCAACUGAAUUGUUACCUUGAAAUAUAUUAUGCCUUAACAAAAAGGCUGUACAACCUUGUGCAAUAUUUCUGAGAGAAAAUGUUGAGGUUGCCUAAAUGCUGGCACCUUGGGGGGGUUCUUUGACCUCAUAGGAGGGAUGGGGAAGGAGCACCUGUGUUUGAGUUACAACUGCAGCCUAUCUAGUUCUAACAAGCCUUUGUUAGAAAAAAAAAUAAUGAAA